ACCUAACGCCCAACAGCCAUGUGUGACGAUUAAGAUUCUGUUAAUUGGGAGUAAUAAAGUAAAAUAAUGAUAUCGUAAAAUCGCGCUCAUUUCUUCCAAACACGGCAUUUAGUCACGAACGUGCGAGUUAGCAGUUCGGGAACGCAUCGGAGCCACCGUGUCAUUGCCCUUGCCCGGCUCGAGCUGUCAAAAUAUUAAAAAAAUGACCGACGAAGAAAGGAAGAAAACUUUUUUAGGAUUUGAUUUUAGCACACAGAGGCUCAAGGCCCUGGUCAUUGGUGAAGAUUAUGGAGUUUUACAUGAAGCUGAUGUGGAAUUUGAUGUGGAUCUGCCAGAGUUUAGAACUGCUGGAGGUGUACAGAGAGGGCAGCAACGUGGAGAGGUGACUGCUCCACCCCUGCUAUGGGUAAAGGCUUUAGACAUGGUGAUGGAUCGACUGGUAGUGUCCGGAGUUGACUUCUCUACUAUCGAGGCCCUGUCUGGAGCUGCUCAGCAACACGGCUCAGUGUGGUGGUCGAAGGAGGCCGAGGCCAAGCUCGGCAGCCUGUCUCCGGACGACUUCCUGCACACACAGUUGGCCACAGCGUUUGUGACUGAUUCUCCGGUGUGGAUGGACUCUAGUACUAGUGCUGACUGCCGGGCUUUAGAGGAGGCUGUUGGGGGGGCAGAAGAGCUAGCUCGCAUGACGGGGUCGACAGCGUACGAGCGCUUCACGGGCGCUCAGAUCCGCAAGAUGCGGCGCUGCCGGCCGCGCGCCUACAGCGCCGCCGCCCGCGUGUCGCUCGUGUCCUCCUUCGCCUGCUCACUGCUCCUGGGCAGAAUAGCGCCCAUCGACUACUCUGACGGCUCCGGAAUGAAUCUGCUCGAUAUACACGAGAUGAAGUGGAAUGAGAAGGCGUUGAAGGCGUGUGGGGACGACACUCUAGAAGCGAAGCUAGGAACUCCUGUCCCUACCGCGACCGUGCUGGGGCAGAUCUCCCCGUACUUCGUGCAGCGGUACGGUUUCCGCCCUGACUGUAAGGUCGUGGCCUUCACCGGGGACAACUGUUCGGCACUCGCUGGGCUCCGACUGCGGUCGGGCUGGGUGGGGCUGAGCCUGGGCACCAGCGACACCCUGCUGCUGGGGCUCCGCGCCCCCGCCGCGCCCCCCGCCGGCCACGUGUUGCUGGGCCCCACGCCCGCCGCGCCCUACAUGGCGCUGCUGUGCUUCGCUAACGGAUCUCUGACGAGGCAGCGCCACCGGGACAGGCUGGCGGAGGGCAGCUGGGAAGCGUUCAACCAUUUGUUGAGAGCGACGGUUAGAGGAAAUAUGGGGUACAUGGGCAUCUACUACGACACGGCGGAGAUAGUGCCGCGGGUGGGCGCGGGCCGGUGGGUGAGGGACGCGGGCGGGCGGGCGCUGCAGCGCCUGGCGCCGCAGUUCGAGGCGCGCGCGCUGCUGGAGGGGCAGGCUAUCGCGCGCCGCGCGCACGCGGAGGACAUGGGCUUCCGGCUGGACUCCUCGUCGCGUGUGAUAGCGACGGGCGGCGCGGCGGUCAACAAGGAACUGCUGCAGAUAUUCGCUGAUGUCUUCAACACGCCCGUGUAUGUGCAGAAUGAGCACGGCAACGCAGCGCUGCUGGGCGCCGCCAUACGCGCGGCCGACGUGUGGAGCGCUGACGCCGGCAUCUCUCUACCGGGUGCUGAACCCACAGUGACCCCAGUGGCCACCCCGUACCCCGACCACGACGAGAUCUACCCUCCGAUGAUAUCUCGGUACAGGCAGAUCAUAGAGACCCUCCCCAAACUUGCUUGACAAACUAAUUUAUUGCAAGCUUGUGCUACGCUUAGCUCUAAUUCGAAUAAGCUUACAUUAGAUUACAUCAAAAUUAACUUUAAAAAAACUCAAUUCUUUACAAUAUUAUUCUUGUGCGUUAAAAUGAAUUCAACUCAUCAUAACACCAGAGUGGCAUGAAAAUAAGUUUCGUAACAUUAAUUUCGUCAGCAAUUUCACGUGUCAAGCAUUUUACAUAGGUUUACAAUCUGUUUAUUAAAAGAGUAGAAAAGGGAUUUUUAACGAACUACAUUUUUUGUCUUUGGAAUACCGAAUAGAAUGAUUGUGAUUGGCCCAGUGUUGCCAGCUAAGAGGAUACUACGCCCUCGUUUAUUUCUUCUCUUUAAUCAGGAUAUUUCACGUCAAAACUUUAUCUCUCUUACGACAUUGACGAAACUGUUUUCAUAUUUAGUGAAAUCUUAUAUCAGACUAACUCACAUUUAUGAAAAGAUAAGUUUACCUGUAUUCUUUAUAAAUAUUAUUUAUUUAAAAUUAUUGUAUGGAGUAAGAGUGAUUUUUAGAUUUAUCAGUAAGUUGAAACUGUUGUGAUUUAAAUUUCAAAUGGUCUGUGCAAACUUAUAUUUUAAAUAUACAUAUAGACGUUAUGAGAGAGUUAAAAUACUACGCAGCAUGUUACCAAAGCUAUAAAACAUUUAGUGUCUCUUUUCUUUAACGAAUUGUUACAAAAGUGUGACAAGGACAAUAAGAGUUAUCAAACAAUUUGUUAUAUGAUUUGUGGGUGCGCUUUUAGAAAAGAAAACAUUCCGAAUUUGCAUUCCUUUUUCAUUUAACAAUAAUUUAGUAUAUUACUUACUUUUUCAUUUAACAUUUGACAAUAUUUUUUAAUGAUUAUUUUCUGAUAUUUAUUCUAACUAGUUAUUUUAUAAUAAUUUUGUUGUAAACGAGAAUCGAAAGUACACCACACUGUUGUGAUAAUGAAUCUACAUUCCAUUUAGAAUAUUUCUAUUUAUUUUUUUAUUUAUAUUUUUAUAUCGACGUCCUUUUUGGGAUCACUUCAUGAGUUUUAUCUACUACUGUAUAUACUGGUUGUUAGUAAGUAAAACUUAACGAGAAUUUAGUUUAAUUCUAAACACCAAUCAUAUAGUUGGAUAAAUAAGGUUGAUAUGCGUUUGUCUCCUAAUCCUACAAUUAAUUUGAACACAGAUAUCAAGUUAACAUGUAUCUCAAUGUAUUUUAUGUCUAAGUAAAAAUCUAUUGUUAUUCUUUGAUAAAUCAAUGUAUCGCAUAACAAUAGGUUUUUACUAUAAUUUAGUUUUUUAUAAUUCAAUUUUCAAGAAUGGUGCUCACACGCGUGCAAUAUACAAUCGGAUCCGUGGCCUUGUAUUUAUAAUAGGAAUCAGCUAAUCAGAGCUUUGUUAUUUACAAUUUACACGUUUUUAUUAAAUGUUUAUUAAAAUA